AUGACACUAACAAAAAAGUUUAAGGAGUUCUUCAUGAAGACAGACCAUGACUUCGAUUCGCCUAAUAUAAAUUUAAUAAAUUUUCAUCCGCGGUUGUAUAUUUAUCUAGCAAUUAUGGGCAUUUUUACAAAUAAUCGGGAAUCGCUUAUAAGAUUUAUAUUGCCUUGUUUGUGCAUAUUGUUCAUAAUUGUGAGCAUAGUUUUAGAAAGUUUAUGUGUUUUUCACGGUAUUACUGUGAAAGAUUACUCGCUUGCAACAGAGUGCUUUUUAUAUUGUUUAGUGCUAGGUAUGGUCCUAGUUGUAUAUUAUGGCACACUUACCAAUAAAGAUAAAAUUCUUCACCUAAUAGAGGAUAUGAACAAUGAUUUUCUUUUUAUUCGUAUAAUGGACUUCAAAUACAGAAAUACAUUUCUAAGAGGUCAAUUGCUCAUACAUAAAUUGUGCUGUGCAUGGUACUUAUUUUCAAUCAUAAUCGGUAUCCUGUACAUUUCUUUAUUAAUCGGAUCUUUAGUGAUGCACAGUUUAUUUGGUUCUCUGGAGAGUGAUGUGAGACCAUUAAUGUUUCCUAUUUGGCUGCCGGCUGGUGAUCCGUACAGGACACCAAAUUAUGAAAUCCUUCUGUUUAUUGAAUUAUGCUCUUUGAGUAUUACCGACCAUUUGUUUGCUGGAUAUAUUUCCAUGUUGCUUCACGUCUUGCUACAUUACUACUACAUAUUGGAGUUAAUUACAAAGGAUUUUGAAGUAAUAUUUGAUGGUCUGGACGAAACAGUGACGUACUUGUCUCCGCAGCAUCCAAUUCGUAUGCAAGCGCAGUAUACUCUGAGUAGUAGAAUGAAGCGGAUCGUGAAUUGGCAUCUCUCAGUAUUUAAGUCCGUGAAAACAAUAUCUUCUGUUUUUGGACCACCUAUAAUGUACCAAGUAAUGUUCUCCGGAAUGGGUUUAUGUUUGGUCAGUUACCAAAUCGCUGAUAAACUAGAGAACGGAAAUGUCGAUAUCAUUUUCAUAAUGCUGUUAGUUGGGGGAUGUUAUCAGUUGUUGGUACCAUGUUUCUUAGGCACAUUAUUACGAGACAAAGGUUAUGCAGUAGGCGAUGCGUGUUGGAACAGCGACUGGUACAAGACACGUCUGGGCAUACUGAUCCGUGCUGACAUGUUGCUGGUGAUACACCGCUCGCAACGACCGGUCACCAUCAAGUUCAUAGGACUACCACAAUUGCAACUGGAAACAUUUUCCUCAAUCAUUACCACGGCUUAUUCCUACUUUAACAUGCUUAGAAAAUAUAAUUCCGAUCUUAGACCUUAA